AUGUUUCCCCGAUUGAUAAUCGAUAGACAAAAUGCGGUCACAUCUUUGGGUCCUCUUUUUGGUUUCCCUAUAGUGUCGCCCCCUUCAGCUGCUCCACCACUUCCUGCACCUCCACCGCCACCAUCAGCUCAACAAUUGGUUCAGUCAUCUCAAGCUAUGACAACCUCAUCAUUGGCAUCGUUGACAUCAUUGGCUCCGAUCUCAUCCAUGUCGUCAUAUCAUAUGAAUUAUAUAAAUGGCACAACUGGUCCACCGGUUCCUUUGUCAUCGAUGGUUAAUCACUCGCAACAAUCGGCUACUAUUAGUACAAACCAAACUAAUUCAUCAGUUGAUACCAUUAUUAGUGGUUCAUUAGGACAGACAUCAUUGGAACAGUCACUCAAUGGCACUCAUUUGAGAUCACAAUCUCAGCCAUCAGUAGAUAUUAUGAAUCCAUCGUGUGAUUCACUGUUCAAUAAUAGUAAAUCUGGUCUCAUUGUCCAACAUAUCACCAGCAAUGGUGUGGAACAGCAAACGCAAACGGAUAUAGAGAGUGAUAGGUCAGUGUCUGGAGAAGAUAACUAUUUGAAUGGACAGUCGAUAGACAAUAACACUAACGUUAAGAUAAAUGGCAUUCAACCCAAACGACUACACGUCAGUAAUAUUCCCUUUAGAUUCAGAGAUCCAGAUCUGAGAACAUUGUUUGGCAGUUAUGGCCAUAUAUUGGACGUUGAGAUCAUAUUUAAUGAACGCGGAUCUAAGGGCUUUGGAUUCGUUACGUUUGCUAAUUCAGAUGAUGCCGACAGAGCACGGGAUGCACUCAAUGGAACAGUAGUCGAGGGCAGAAAAAUUGAGGUAAACAACGCGACGGCACGCAUUCAACCGAAAAAGGCGGCGACUUUGAUGACCACAUCAGUGGCCAAUGCAAUGACCACAAUGAGAGGGGCCAUACAAAGAGGUCGCGCACGGAGUGGCACUUUGGCGGCAUUUGCUGCAAGACAUCCUUCACCACUACCAAUAACUGCUACCCCGCAUGUGAACGUAUAUCCGGACCAUUUUCUAGCGUAUACUACUGGAGCUGAAAGAGCUUAUCCAUUGACCACCUCAUACGCUGCCAGUGCCGCAUAUACAGCAGCCGCUGCUCGAAGCUAUGCAUCUGCUGUGGCCGCCGCACAACCCGUGGCCGCCUAUCCAACCAUUGCCGGUUAUGGUCGAGAAUAUCCUGAAGCAUAUUUAGGACAUACCAUUGGACCCGUAACUGGAUAUGGGGCCACGUUAUAUAGAGGUGCAUAUAACAGAUUUGCUCCAUACUAA